AUGAAUAGUGUAACACAGACCGUGUUGGCGAUAGCCACGCUCGCCCAUCCAGCUCUCGCCCAGUUUGGCGGCUGGGGAGGCGGCGGUUGGAACGGUGGAAAUUCCGGCAGCGGGUACUCUGGCUACGGCGGCAGCAGUAGCAGCAGCGAUGGCGAUGGCGACGGCGACGGCAGCUUUGGGUUUGGAUACGGGGCGGGCUUCGACUACAACACGGCCAUGCGGCGCCGAUCCGCCCACGGUAUCGUAGCGACCGCCGCCUUCGUGAUCCUGUUCCCGCUCGGGGCAAUCCUCCUGCGCAUCAUCCCGGGCCGGCUGUCCGUGUGGAUCCACUUCGUCGUCCAGAUCCUCGCCUGGCUGCUCUACAUUGCCGGGUUCGCCUUGGGGGUCGUGCUGCUGCGGAUGUUGCCAUCGGGAGCAGGCCAGAGCCUGCUGUCGAGCUCGCCAGCCAAUGCCCACCCCAUCAUUGGCAUCGUGGUCUUCGCCAUGCUCCUGAUUCAGCCUCUUUUGGGCUACAUUCACCACCGCCAGUUCAAGCGGUACCAGAGGCGCAAGGUGGCCUCCCACCUUCACCUCUGGGACGGCAGGAUUGCCAUUGUCCUGGGCAUUGUCAAUGGCGGGCUGGGCCUGAGGCUGGCCGGCGCCAGUGAGACGCUGAAGCUGGCAUACACGAUUGUCGCAGCCAUCACUGGUGGGGCGUGGGUCAUUUUGGCCUUGUUGAUGAGCCCCGACACGCCGUUGUCACCUGUGGUGAUGGCAGACUACUGUGACUUCGAGCAGCCGGAUGCCGAGUCUCAGCCGGCCUUCAAACCACAGACCAGAUCUCAUUCAACGGCUCGUCCGAAGCUGGCCAAAGACGUGGAAGCCACUCCUGCAACAGCAAUCCACCAUUCAAAGGCCUCGGGCGCGAUGAAGAAGAAGAGACGCAGUACCAACAAGGAAACCGGGGAUGAUCCAUUCCUGGGCACAGGAAAACCCAUGAGACGCUCAAGCAUCAACAUUGCCACCACGAGGACGACUGAAAACCCACCCAGUCCCAGUCCUGCGCGCCUGCGGAGCAGCCAGCUCGGCGGCACCCCCGGGCUCCUGAGCCUACACGACGCCCACGACGAGGUCCUCUCGCUCCUCAACACACUAAAGACCACGCACAGGAAUCAGACGAAGAACGAGGUGGACGCUGCCCUGGAGGAAUUCCAGGAAGACCUGAAGGCGCGGGCCAAAGACAAGAACAUCGGAACGGCGGAGUCCAACAUCUUGGACCGCGAGGCCGCAAGGAUUGGCCGCGCGCGGGACGAGGCGAGCAAGCAGGCCCCAGAGGCUGAUGGUGCAGACAGUCUGGGGAAGGAUGCAGCGUUCGAAGAGAGCCUUCGCCUGGCACUGGUCAGGCUCAUCGAAGAUGCGCGAGCCGCGCUGGAGGCUGUUGCUCAGGCGAAGAGCCAGGCUGCGUCUGCCUCACGGGCGACAAGUGGCUACAUUCCCUAUCGUGCCGGGGAGAAUUUUCGCCUAACGGCAUUGAAUUUUGAGAACCAGACUCUGAGUGGAAAGGUGAAGCGCCUCCAGGCAGAGAAGGAGCAGUGUCUCAGGGAGAACGUGGACCUACAGAGGAGGCUGGAUGAGCUCCUGGAUGAGGUCAAGGCGCGUCGCCGGGAUCAGCCGUUUGAGGCCAAGCUGGGCCCCUGGGGAAAGGACUGGAACAUUGAUAGCAGGAGAGGUGGCUGA